AUCAACAGCGGACGGAAAUUCCUCGAAGCUGCUUCCGGGGGAAGUGCCGGCCUCGCCAAAAUGGCGGCGCCCAGGUGUCCCUGAGCGGAGGGAGUUGACAGCCGCCCACGGCCACGGUGGUCACCGGCUCCCCAUGGCGCUGGGUAGCCGCAGCUGGUUGGUGCUGGCGGCCGCCAGGCUCCAGGCACGUGGAGCGGCUUCUCCCCAAAGUCUUCGUUUGGCAUCAACUACGGCCAGUAUCAAAACUGAGACUGAAGUGGACACAAGUGAAAAUGAGGUUGUUUCCCCAGACUUCACAAACAGGAAUCCUCGGAAUUUGGAGCAGUUGGCCCUGGCUAGGAAGGAGCGUGGCUGGAAGACAACAUGGCCAAAGCGUGAAUUCUGGCAUAGAUUACGGCUUGAGCGGACACAGCAUUAUGUAGAAGCCUUUGUUGAGCGCUCUAACGGGGAUGUUGUGGUAUCUGCCUCUACCCAAGAGUGGGCCAUAAAGAAACACCUCUACAGUCCCAAGGGGGUAACAGCAUGCAAAAACCUCGGCCGGGUAAUGGCACAGCGCUGUUUGGAAGCAGGAAUCAACUUUGUGAACUUUAAAGCUAUUAUCCCCUGGGAAUAUCGUUGUGACUCGAUUCAGGAAUUCAAAAAAGCUGUGGAGGAGGGUGGUGUCGUUCUGUGUGAGCCACGAAGAAUCUAUCAGUAAAAUGGAAACAGAAAAACUUUCCAAGGAACAACGAUUACUGCUUUAGGUGUGUGUACCAGCACUGUGAAAGUCCAGAGCUGGAAAAAGUUGGAGCAUGGCAUUGUAUAAAUAAAAUAUUUUAAAAUGAACA